AUUGCAAAUCCACCUCUCACCCUCUAUCUUCUAACCCUCCGGAACUAGAUCGACUACAUCGUGUCUUUAAAGCCACCACCUCCCUCCACCUCUAAUCCUCCUACUGUUAAAAUCCACCUUCCCCAACCCCUCCUCAGUGGUGAAAAGCCCUUCAUCAUAACCAUCGGUCACCGUCGCCUUAUCCGUAAAACCCUGAAGUCCAAGAAUCAAGAUCAUCCGUUGUUGCUCCACCUCUACACCCUUAACCCCCGAUUGCAUCGGUUUCAUCUCCGUCGAUUGCAUCUAUUCUUUCACCGUCUCCACUUUUUGUGUUGGCUUUAAAGAACGAUUAAAGGUCUUCUUCUCUUCCCUCUUCAUCUGGUUUCAUCGUCAUUAGCCUUAUUCUCUUUUCUUCGUUCGAAAUAAAACCACAAUGGUAAAACCAAAUGCAAUCUCUGAUUUAAGGUUGUGUUUGUUUUUCUAGAUUAUAUUGAGCAAACUGAUUUUGGGUUUAUGGAUUUGAAAAAAAUUGGUUUUUCCCUAAUUCUGAUUAGAUUUAGGGUUUUUUUAUGGAUUGUUUGCACUUUGCAUCACAGUUAGGGUUUAGGGUUUGAGCAUCUGAAAUUGGUUUGUUUUAAUUUCUUUGGACGACAGAGAGGUGCUGGUAGUGGUGUUUGACGGCGAAGAGGUGGUGUUUGACGGCGGAGAGGUGCUGAUAACAUGACAUGACAUGUUGGCAUUCCAUCGUAUUUUGACUGGGCAUGGCAGGACGUUUAGUCGUUAGUUUAAGAGAUGCGUUUCACGUGAUGUAGACCGGUAACCUUUGCUUCAAAGGGUUGUACGCCAUGCAUAAAAAUAUAUAACUCCCCAAACAAUCAAACACAGGCCACAGGGCCGGUCCAUUAUAUAACAAACCAUGAAAAGGGACUAUUUGGUUGCUUGCAUUUGUACCACUGGUUCAAAUGAACCGGAAGACGGCAACACUUGGUGAACCGGUCACUAUAUAAACCACACUAAUUUAUCACCAUUUAAACCACAACUCAUAGCCUCACCUCACGAACCCACCUCCCAAUUCACAAAUGGCUCACGGUCUAGGCUCGAUCAUGGUUCUGGUUCUGGCUCUGGCUCUCACUGUGGCAUGGGCCGCGGAUCAUAGUCCUCUUCAAGACUUUUGUGUUGCUGAUAUAAACGGUCAAGUACGGGUAAAUGGAUUUGCUUGCAAAAACCCUAAUGGUGUUCAAGCGAAUGACUUCUACUUUAGUGGUAUGCACAUGAUGGGUAACACGUCAAAUCGUUUGGGGUCAAGUGUGACCCCGGCAUUUGUGUUCCAAAUCCCAGGACUUAACACACUUGGGAUUUCACUUGCAAGACUCGACUUUGCACCAUGGGGGCUCAUCCCACCUCACAUGCAUCCUCGUGCUACUGAAAUCUUAACUGUGUUAGAAGGUCAGAUUGAAGUUGGGUUUGUGACAUCAAACCCUGAUAAUCGUCAUAUCUCAAAAGUACUGAAUAAAGGUGAUGUUUUUGUGUUCCCUGUGAAUCUUGUACAUUACCAAAGGAAUGUUGGGAACAUGAAUGCGGUUGCGAUGGUUGCUUUGAGUAGCCAAAACCCUGGAGUGGUUCCUAUAGCAAAUGUGGUUUUCGGUUCAAAUCCAGAUAUUUCGACUGAUGUUCUUGCAAAGGCCUUCCAAGUUAGUGAUGAUAUUAUUAGCGACAUGCAAGUUAAGUUUUAGUUUCGGUUUGAUUUCAAGUUGUAGUUAUUAUUGUUGGGAAGUAAACUAUGUCCCUCUGUUCUCUAUUGCAAAAAAAGUAAUUCCUCCAUGCUUAAAAGGGAAGUUGAGAAAA